AUGAAUAUACAGGAAAAAUACAAACUAAUUAAAGAAAAAUAUAAAGAAAUAAAGGAACAAAAUGAUAUUUUCAAAAAAGCCAUACUGGAAUACAAAAAAGACAUUAAGCAAUUAGAAAAAAAUAAUGAGGAACAGAAAGAUAGAAUUAAACUCAUGUUAGAUGAAAACAAUGAUUUAUUAAGUAAUAAUAGCCAAUUGUCGAACAAAAUAGCCCAUUUAACGAGCUCAUUAGAAGAACAAAAAAAGAGUAAUUCUGGGUGGAGAAACUUAAUGCUGCUAACAAAAAAUUCGAGGGAGAAUAUCCAAGAAUCUGUCGCGUUUGAGGAGCUCGAAAAUAAGAUAAAGGAAAAUGAAACUUUACACAAAAAAAUUGAUGAUUUACAAAUCUAUAACGAAAAAAUGGAAAAGGAGCUUGAACUGUUUAAGAGCAGCCACAAGGAAAAAUUAAACGUUAAAAAGAGGCACGUCACAGCUUCUCCGACUCCUAAUUUUCCACAGGACCAUGAAAAAACAAUUGAAAAUCUCAACGACAUAAUUAACAACUCGAACAGAAAUAUGAUCAAGAUUGAGCAAGAAAAGGACGAAAUAAAACAACAGAUGGAAACAUAUAAAGCAAACUUUACAGAAAUGAUCGAAACAAAUAAAGCAAACUUUGCAGAAAUUGUGGAAAAAAAAAAUGAGCAUAUCACAAAAAUAGAACAAGUUUUAAAAAUAUUAAAACGUAAAUGUUACCAUAAAUAUAAGAUUAACUUUAAUCGAAUCCCUCUUUUCGAAAAACCAGAUCAUUGUGAUGGUUAUCUACAAAACAAAAUUAACGAACAUUGUAAAUUAUUUCAAAAUUAUGUUUUAAACGUAAUACAAAAUUUUCAAGAUUAUUUAGUUGUAUGUAAGAAUAUAUUUGCAUUUCAAGAAAUACAAUUAAAUGAUAAUUAUCAGAAAUUUGAUGGAAACCAGAGGGAUGAUAACUUCGAAUAUUCGAAAAUUAUAGACUUAAAAGGCAUUUCUAAAAAGGAAGUCAUCUUUCUAGAGGAAGCGAUAAAUCUAUUAGAUCAUUUCAAAAAGUAUUGGAUAGGAAGCCAAGACAAGCAAUGCGUUCUGGUUGUAUUGCGUAACCUAUCGGACACAGUGAGGAGGAUUUUUUUAAAUGUGAACGUUUACUUAUGUAUUGAAGAAUACUUAUUCCCAACAUAUACGAAUGUGAAAAUAUAUGCUUUGAAAAAUACCAUCCGAGAGCUGAGAAAUUUGAAAAGAGUCAUUUUGAAAAUAAUAAAUUUGUUCAGAUAUGUUUUACUUAUAACUCCAUAUGACAAUAACAAAAUAGUGGAAGAAUAUUUUAAAAAUAGAAAUAUCACUAAUAAGUUUAAUGAGAUAGAAGGAAAACAAAAUUUUCACAACAAUUUAGUGUACAGUAAUGAAGCCAACUACGACGAGAUAGGCACGGAUGUUGUAAGCAGUGAGGAAGAGAUUGAUAUCAGUACUGAUAAAAUACCCCAAUUCAGCGGUGCAAAUUUUAAGAGAUUACUUGAAGAAAAGGAAAAAAAGUAUUUUUCAAAGUAUGAAGAUUUAAAAAAUUGUACAGAAAAGAACAAAAAAAUUAUUGUAUAUUUAGUGAAGAAAUUCAAAACAACGUUAGAAGAUUUAUGUUAUUCUUUUAAAUUUUUAAAGUCUUAUAUUUCAUUUCGUAUUUGCGAAAUGAAAGGAUCAGAUCAUUUACAGAUAGACAAUUCGAAGGUAAUGACAGAAAUGUUAGACAUAACAAUUUCGUUUAUUAAUUCAUUGGAAAACUUGGAUAUUGUAAAAGUUCAAUUCCCGUUAAUUUCGGUCUUUUCAUAUAGCAGGUUUAAUACGCGAAUGUUUUAUGAAGAAGAAAAAAAAUGUAUAAAAAAAAUCAAUGCUGAUUUUAAUGAAACCAAACAUAUUCCUUACAGCACAUUAGAAAACAGUUUUAGAAAUCUUGAAAUAUACAAAAAUGAUAAUGAUCUAUUAAAUAAGGAAAUUUUGAGAAAAACGAAAAUUAUUAAAAAAUUAAAAAAAAUAAAUCAUCAGACUUUGAGCGAAUUUAAAAGUCUAGUAAUAAAAAACAAAGAAUUAACUUUAAAAAAACAAUUUUUUGAAAAUUGCUUAACAGAGAAAAGAGAGAAUAGCACACAAAUGGAAGAAGACACAACAGAUCAGGGUAUUCAAAAAUAUGCAGAAAUGGUUUUUAAUUUUGUGGCAUCCAACAAUCCUGAAAACAAAGGCUUAAACGUUCAUGAGAAACAACUAAUCGAAGCAUACAUAUGUUCAUGCAUCAAGAUAAAACAUUUAAACAUGGAAAUAAAAAAAAACGUAGAGGCUCUGGAACGCCUAGAAAAUGAGUUCAGCACGAAAGAGGGCGAAGUACAAAAAUUAAAUCUCCAAAUAGAAACAUAUAAGGAGGAAGAAACAAAUAUUCAUAAAAAAUACGAGGAACAGAUGAAUACCUUACAUGACCUAAUUGUAACGCUGGAAAAGCAAAUAUCGAAAAUGAAUUCAGAAAAGAAUGUGCAUAAAUUCUUUAUUCUCUGCUCCAUUUGUGGGAACAAAAAUAACAUGGGAAACAUUUUGAAGAGUCGCAAGUGUCUUUCGUGCAAUUCUAUAAUUAUUUUUCUCAAGUAA